AUGGCUACGUUGUGGUGGCAUCAGACGGUCCAGAUGGAUUUGGAUGGCUACGCUGUGGUGGCAGCGGACGGGCCAGGCGAGUUCCCCAUCAUUGCUGAGGCGCGUGCGGGGGAUGAUGCAGCCAAUGUGGUGGUGACACCUGGCACCGUCGCUUACAUCACCACGGGAGGCCCGGUUCCCCAGGGUGCGGACGCGGUGAUUCAAGUGGAGGACACGCUUCCUGUUGACUCCUCCAGUGGUCAGAGGCGUGUGACUAUAGUGAAGGGCGCUACCGUGGGGCAAGACAUCCGCCCUGUGGGCUCGGAUCUUGCUGCUGGCACAGUGGUGCUGCAGGCAGGCGAGCGCGUUGGGCCAGCGGAGAUAGGGCUGCUGGCAAUGGUGGGGGCAGCACACGUGCAUGUGCACUGGCAGCCGCUGGUGGCAGUCCUCUCCACAGGAGAUGAGCUAAUAGACCACGCACAGAAUGGCAGUGCCACUCUCCCUCGCGGCAUGAUAAGGGACGCCAAUCGCUCCAUGCUGUUGGCUGCUGUGCGCCAACACCUGGGAGCAGCCUCGGCACCACCAGCAGCAUCAGAAGAAGCAGAACCAUCAGCAGCACAAUCAGCAGCAAGCUGUCCGGCCCCUCAGGAUCUGGGAAUAGCAGCGGAUACAGAGGAGGCCGUGGCAGCAGCGUUUGAGAGGGCACUAGCAGCGAGAGCGGAUGUGGUGGUGGCGUCUGGAGGAGUGUCCAUGGGCGAUAGGGACUUUGUCAAGCCAUUACUUGAGCGGCUGGGGACUGUUCACUUUGUGAGGGCCGUGGCAGCAGCGUUUGAGAGGGCGUUGGCAGAGAAGGCGGAUGUGGUGGUGACGUCUGGAGGGGUGUCCAUGGGCGACAGGGACUUUGUACACAUGAAGCCAGGAAAACCGCUCACUUUUGCAACCAUCGAAGCCCCCUCAGAUAAGACGGAUGGCGCCGCCCAGCCGCACCGAACGAUAGUUUUUGGGCUGCCCGGGAAUCCGGUCAGCUGCAUGGUGUGCUUCAACCUGUUUGUGCUGCCCGCUAUCCGGCAGAUGGGGGGUUGGCGCCAUCCCCUACUGCACAGGGUGCAGGCCCACAUCUCCUCUGCUCUCCGCUUGGACCCUGACCGCCCCGAGUACCACCGGGCGUCCCUCCGCUGGGAGCCAAACCAAAGCGCUGGUGCUGCUUCCGCCCCUGCUGUUGCUGCUGCUGUUGCCUCUCCUUCCACUGCUGGUGCUGCUGCCUCCACUGUGGGUGCGGGUGUGCGAGUGGCGAUUCUGACUGUCAGUGACACGGUGGCGGCAGGCCUAGCAGCAGAUGCCAGUGGCCCCAGGGCAGUGCAGGCAGUGCAGUCACUGCUGCCAGCAGCAGCAGUGGUGGCGACGGCUGUUGUUCCAGACGACCCAGACAAGAUAGCAGCGCAGGUUAAGGCGUGGGCAGAUGGGGGAGGAAUUGCUGUGUCAACUAGUGAGGAAGCGGGUGUGGCAGCAGUGGAUGUGAUUAUAACGACAGGGGGCACGGGGUUCUCUCCCCGGGAUGUCACUCCUGAAGCCUGUGCGCCGCUCUUCCACCGCUCUGCACCGGGCCUCACCCAUGCCAUGCUGCAGGAGAGCCUCAGGAUCACGCCCUUUGCCAUGCUCUCGCGCAUGGCUGCUGGCAUUAGAGGCUCCACUCUGAUCCUCAACCUGCCUGGCAACCCUAAUGCGGUGUCAGAAUGCCUGGCUGCUCUCAUGCCUGCUCUUCCCCAUGGCUUGAAGCAGCUGAAAGGGGACAAGCGGGAGAAACACCCCCGCCACACGCCCCACCCUGGCAUAGCCAAGUGA